AUGGCCUCCCAAGUACCACGGGUGUUCCCGGCGCCCAAGGUCCUAGCCGUUGUGGCCCCCCUCAGGAAAGACGGUGCUUUGCCAUCAUUCUGCUUCGGGACAGAUGAGAAGCCGAUCGACGUGGGUCAGUGUCAGAUCUAUGCCGUCAAGUUUCCAAACGGCGAGACUUGGGCCAUUCGUAUUCCCGUGCAUGCAGGUAGCACUCUCACGCCGAAUGGCCUCUCGAGUAUAGUCGAGGACGAGAUAGUGACCUUGACCAGAAUGAGCGACUCUGGAAUCCGCUGGUCGCCGAGAUUGAUCGGCGGCGAUCAUGGCAUCGACAACGGACUUGGGCAUCCGUACCUCGCCCUGAGCUGGAUUCCGGGAACCGUGUUGGAAUGGAGCUCAACUCAGCCCGCAAAGCCGGAGCAGAGGCAGAAGGUCCUCCACCAGCUUGUGGACAUCCAACUGGAGUUAGCCCAAUGCACCAAAGAAUCGCGCCCAGGAACUUCGGCCACGCGCUACUUGACGGACAUCGUCGAUGGCAAGAUUGAGCGUUUCAAGCGGGGUGACCUGCCGGAGCUCGACCUCCAGAGCUGCCUGCUGCAUCGGGAGUUGAUCAUCGUCGAUCAUGAGUACAACAUCACUGGGAUCAUUGGUUGGGUCUUUGCUCGUUUCUGUCCGCUGCAGCUUGCGCUGCGGCUUCCGAGAUUUCUUGCGAUCGACCCAGAUGUGAAUGAUCCAGCACCCCUGCCACCUGGCUUCUCGACUUCUGCAACUGGAAGUAUACAGCCCUCAGCCGAGCUCUUAGCGGACCGUCAGUAUACCAUAUCACAUCUGUCGGAUAUCGACUCACAACCGGAUUCACUUGCAUCACUCAUGAAGACUGUCGUGUCAGCUCCCAACGUCGACUGGCAGGACCUGGUCUACAAUUCCUGCUUCAGUAAAGGACUUCAUCGAUGGAUGUCAGAACGUUCCUGGUUGCUUGAUGCCUCAAGCAAGGAGAUCACCAUCACCUAG